UCCUGGGCUCCCUCAUGUAUUUUCUUUCUAACUGUCGUAGACCAGAAUAUUCAUUUCUUCAUCUUUUCUCUCUCUAGAUCUUAUUUCUUAGUUUCUCAUACGAUGAAACUGGACCAAGAAGCCAAACAAGAAGGUGGUCAUGACAUGUGCAGGACCAUCAAGUUCCUUGAACCACUCCCCAAGCUCUCAGCAAUGGCCACCGGAAAAGUGGACGCCACUAGCGACGAGCUAUAUCCACCUGUCAACUUCUCCAUGGUCGACUACGGCAUCUACCGGUCCAGCUUCCCGGACUCCGCCAACUUUUCGUUUCUUACCGCCCUAGGCCUCCGCUCUAUCGUAUAUCUGUGUCCUGAAAAAUAUCCGGAGCAUAAUUUGGAGUUCUUGAAGUCUAAUCGGAUUCAGUUGUUUCACUUUGGUAUGGAAGGAACCAAGGAACCUUUUUUCGAUAUUCCCGAGGAUACCAUUCGAGAAGCAUUAAAAGUUGUCAUUGAUGUAAGAAAUCACCCUUUGCUUAUUCAUUGCAAAAGAGGAAAGCAUCGAACGGGUUGUCUAGUGGGAUGCUUAAGAAAGAUGCAGAAGUGGAGCCUACUUUCAAUUUUUGAUGAAUACCAUAAGUUUGCAGCUGCUAAAGCUAGAGUCUCAGAUCAGAGAUUCAUGGAGCUGUUUGAUGCCUCUAGCUUGAAGAGGUAAAGCCCAUUCCCAUUGGCCCGCUUGGGCCGGAAUAAACUUGAGUCCGGGAAUAUGUUUAGCAAUUCAGGAAUGAUGUUUCUCAUUCCUUGAGGAUUGAGUGAGAAUAUUUUUAGUACUGUUAGGAAUUUGAUUCCUUUCUGCACCCGCUAUUCGUGACUAGCUUGUUCUAUGCAUUUGCUAUGAACUAUUUGUCAUUGGAAUCUAUCAAAAGGAAUGAAAGUAACUUGAUAAAAAGAUAUUUUGGUUUUGUAGCA